GAUAUUGCAUUAUCGUUACCCCUCGGUUACUACAAACAUAGCCACGUGUAAGUAGGAUCCGAUCAACCGCCAAAACCAUCGGCUUUAUUCCUCCAGCUACAGACACGUGUGAAACUACAGCAAUACACGUGUCAUCCCCUCCUCUUUCUUCUUCUUCUUCUCCCUCAUCACCCUUUUCACUCAAACAUUGCACUUCUGCAACCAAACACACACUCGCACAAAUGGGGCACAAUUUGGAGACACGAUCGUUGCUGGAUGAACUGAAAAGCUUCGAUAGAAAAGGCGGUUUAUUCGAUCUCGGCCAUCCGCUCCUCAAUCGUAUGGCCGAAUGCUUCGUUAAGGCGGCCGGUAUUGGAGCGAUUCAGGCGGUUUCGCGGGAGGCGUAUUUCACCGUUACUGAUGGUGGAGAUUCGUCUUCUAUCCCGCCGGAAAUAACUGAUAGCCACAAGAAACAUCGUUUCUCAGAGCUUAGAGGAGAAACAAACCGAAGCUCUAUUGAAGCGCUGGUCAAAAGCACAGGGAAAGAAUCACUGCAAUGGGGUUUGGCUGCGGGUAUGUAUUCAGGUAUCACAUAUGGAUUGAAAGAGACACGUGGAGUUCAUGAUUGGAAAAACAGUGCCAUGGCAGGAGCGAUCACGGGUGCGGCUUUAGCGCUAACGUUUGAUGAUUCUUCUCAUGAAGAUAUUGUGCAAGGUGCCAUCACCGGUGCGGCUGUAUCCACGGCUGCUAAUCUUCUCACCGGAAUAUUCUAGAAUUCUCUUUUUAUCUAGUCAUAUUUUGUGCAAAAUGGAAUGUAUAAUAACAUGUCAUUUCUGCAUAAUUCAGUUCCUCAUGCUUUUAUUUCUAGGGAAGAACUAUGUACGUUUAGAAUGUUGUUUUAGUUAUCAGACUUUUUGUUGAAUAUUUUUAAGGUUAACCCAAA